AGAGAGAGAGAGAGAAUGUUGAUGUCUCAUCAUCACCUGAAGCAGCAGCAGCAGCAGCAGUCCAUCAACGACUUUGAGAUUGUCGGCCUGUGCGCGAACGGCACCAGUUGCAACGGCAGUUCGGGUUUAAGUGGGGCCAUGGCCGGAACGGCAUCUUCAGCGUCCAGCAGUAGCUCGACGGGAUCGUCCACAUCGUCCGCUUCUGCCUCCAUCAAAGACACGACGUUCACGAAAAUCUUUGUCGGCGGCCUGCCUUAUCACACGACGGACGCCAGUCUGCGCGAACACUUUCAGGUCUACGGCGAAAUCGAAGAGGCCGUCGUCAUCACCGAUCGCCAGACGGGCAAAUCCCGCGGAUACGGAUUCGUGACCAUGUCGGAUCGACUAGCAGCCGAACGGGCCUGCAAAGACGCCAAUCCAAUCAUCGACGGCCGUAAGGCCAACGUCAACCUGGCCUAUUUGGGCGCCAAGCCCAGAGGCAACCUCCAAGCAGGAUUCCCUUUGGCAGCCGCCUUGCGAGCCGGAUUUCCAGCUGCUCUUUUCGGACAAGGACAAUACGGUGUCGGACCGCAGCUGCUCUACCCAUCGCCGUACGCUGUGACGCCGCCCGGUUUGAUGCAACUCCAUCCGCAGUCUCACCAUCAAGGGGGAGCCGGCGGACUGAACUCGGCCGCGGCUUCUGCCGCCGUCGCAGCCGCCGUCGCCUCCGGAUUCUACGACUACCCGACAGCGGCCUACGCGGCCAGCCAAUUCGCUAACGGAGCAUUCGACGCAUCUUUCCCCUUCGGUAGCGCAGCCGCCGCCGCCGCUGCUGCCGGAGCAGCCAAUUAUGGGUUGGGACCGGCUUUCACCUACGCCUCGCUGCCGCCAGCGCUUCAGAACGCGGCCGCCGCUGCCGCCGCUUCCACCGGCUUGCCUCUAUCGCACUACGCCGCCGCUCAGAGCCAGCUGCAGGAAGCUCGGAUGCAAUAAAAAUUAUGUUUUUUUUUUUUUUGUUUUUUUUUUAAGGAAUAAUUCUUUUGCAUCACCAGCAUUUUUUGGGGGGACAACAAAAACACACGUGUCAAUUUUUAUUAUUAUUAUUAUUUUUUUUAAUUAAACAUACAGCGAAAUAGAGUUAGGCCUACUAGGAGAGUUGGCCAUCCCGAUACGAUGGUCCCUCCACCCACUACCCCACCCAGUACGGAGCGAUCUUUUUUCUACGAAUGUUUUAGGAAUAGAGAAAACGUGUCUUUUUUUUUUUUUUUUUUUUUUGUUUUUUUUACUUUCGAGAAGAGC